AUGUUGGUAGUUAGAGACCACGACUUCAAAAUCCCCAGCCGUUGCACACAAGGACGGAUAUGUCACUGGAGCCAGUCCACUGAUUAUCAGGAUAGAACCUCGGCUGAUCGACUUGGGGCGCCGACACCGCUCAAGCGGUACAAAGGCGUAAGAAGAAGAAGAAGAAGAAGAUUUAUUGUACUUCAACUGUGGAGAAGCACGGAGCAAUGGACACUUUUUAUUUCGAAUCAUCGAAAACUUCAUGAAAACUUUUAGUACUGUAGCGAACUCUCAGAAUCACAUAAUGAUGUAUGGAAAUGGUAUUUGUUUCAACGUCCCGAUUGAUAUGAUUUUUAUUAGUUUUUGUGAAAGUUUUAUCAAUGAGUGGAAAAAAGGAACGCCUUUAUGGAUCAUAAGAUUGUUGAGAGUCCAUAUAAAACUGUAUCGGAGAAUCAUUUUUAAACAUUCUUCUUCAUAUAUUCUAAUGGUAAUUUCAUUUGUUUUAAUGCUCGCGGUUUUUAUUGCUCUCAGAAUUCAAUUAUGCAUUCUUAUGGGAUUCUGAUCCGUUUUAAUGUUCGGAUUAAUGGGUUUUUUAACAGUUUUGUGAAAAUGUGGAUUAUGGAAAUUUUCAAGGCUCCUAUAAAACUGUAUCCGAGAGCCAUUCUGGACGUUCUUCUCAUCCCAAUAUGAUGAAACUUUUGACUGUCCUCUUCCUGGGACUUUCGCCUGCGGCCUAUGGUUACCAGUGUGAGCUAUUGGUGAGUUCGAAAUCAAAAUAUUAAACUUCUCAGUAGUUGGUUGGAAAAAUCUCAUGAAGUUAGCGAAAGAGCAAAAGGCCUAAUGAUUUUUCUCAAAUUCAGCCAGCACUGAAGGCUGGAACUUACCCAGACCUGCUAGAACGCUACAUCGUCAUGCCGAAGACACUUCAAGUCGGCGAUACCAUUAUUAUCAACGGCAAAGUUGGCAACGGCACCGUACCGUUCAAGUUUGGACUGAUUAUCUUCUUUAUCUUAUUCUCCAAAACAGGCGCUUCACUGUAGACUUUUUCGUCGGAACAAAGCCAGUUUACUACAAAACGGUCAGCACUUUGCACCUGACUGGGCAGUACGAUUUGAACACAACUUUCAUCGGCGAUUAUCAGGUCCGUCAAUCCACUGAAAGAGAUGAAUUUUCUCCGUUUCUUGCUUGAAACCACGUCCCUCAAAUAUAGCAAGGCCAAGUCAACUGUUUUUGAGCCUUUUUUUCUUCUCACGUUGCCACUUGAAUUGGCCUGAAUUACUGUAUAACCAGCUCUGUCAAGUGGUUGUAGUGAGGACACUUUUUCAGCCCAAUAACAAGCACGAAUUCCGGAGAGACAAGGCACUUCCUCUCGUGUUCACCGACGAUCCGAGCUCUGUCAGAAUUGUGUAAGUACAAUAAAGACUCCACAGCUAGGUCCACUACUUCAGAGUCGAAGCAGACGGAUACUCAAUUUACAAGGACAACGUUUUCCUUCACAAAUUGAAAUACUUAAAGGAAAACUACAGCACUGUGCAGACGAUUUACUUGCAGAACCUCGAGUUUCACACUGAGUGGUGAGAUUUUGUCCUGAAUCCCUACUCAAAUGAUUUUUGAAGCGUCAUCGACUGUAAAGAGGAGAAAGUGUGCCCAUCCGCGAAUACUGGAAAACGGACGAUUAUUAUCGGCAACAGAGUGGUCCGAUACGUCGGUAUGUUUCGUUCUAUUAUUUAAAGUCCAAACUUUUUUUUCCAGGAAGCUUAUUUUUUAAACCCAUAAUUUGCAGAUGGCUUGUGCUCCCCAUGA